AUGUUUCGCUUAGGAAGAGUCCUUCAACAAAUCAGUAGUAAAUCACCUGCUACUGCUUUGGUCUUCAAGCCUCAGACUUCAGUCAACCAACUCACCACUCGUUUCAGUCAAUUACGUACCUAUAGCACAGGAAGUCCUAGUUUUUUAACAGGUUUCAACACACAAGGCAAUGCUGUGACCAGCAUCAAGUCUUCAGCUACCCCUAGCACUCAGUUUAAAACCAAAAAGCCCACUACACCUGGUAAACGUUGGUUGAAGCGUGUGCCUCGUGAUCACCUCUACAAGGGUAAAGCUGUUCGUAGCUUGACGGUAGCCAAACGCAGCACAGGUGGUCGUAACAACACAGGUCGCAUCACCAUUCGUCAUCGUGGUGGUGGACAUAAACGUCGUAUUCGUAUCAUUGAUUGGUACCGCCAAACAGAAGGCACUCAGACUGUUCAACGCUUAGAACACGACCCUGGACGUACUGCUUGGAUCGCAUUACUCAAGCAUGACAAGACAGGCGAACUUUCAUACAUUGUUGCUCCUCAUGGUCUCAAGACAGGCGAUAAAGUCACUUCUUAUCGAUCUGAACAAACAACCGAAAGUGAUAUCACACGUACAGUAGCUAUUGAUGUAGGCAACUGCAUGCCUCUUAAGAUGAUUCCUGUCGGUACUGUGUUGCAUAAUAUUGGAUUAAAACGUCAGGGUCCUGCUGUGAUGGCUCGAUCUGCUGGUGCUUAUGCUCAGUUGAUCCAAACAGGCGAGAAGGGAUAUGCACAAGUCCGUUUAUCGAGUGGUGAAGUGCGUCUUGUUCCUGUUGAUGCUUGUGCUACUAUUGGUGCUGUCAGUAAUCCUGACCAUCAACACGAAAUGCUUGGUAAGGCUGGUCGUUCUCGAUGGCUUGGUAUUCGUCCUACUGUGCGUGGUAUGGCCAUGAAUGCCUGUGACCACCCUCACGGUGGUGGUAGAGGUAAAUCAAAGGGUAACAAAGACCCUAGAUCACCUUGGGGUGUAUUGGCUAAGGGUGGUAAGACCAGAAAGACACCUAAUCAAUUCGUUGUCAAACCCAGACCAAGACGAUAA